AUGUCUGCUCCUCUCGACAGCGACCUUGACUCUCCGGGGGACGUCCUGCUGCCCCAGACAACCUACGAGCCGCCAUCGUCCAGGGACGAUGCCUUCCCGGACCCUCACGACUUCUACCUCCAGUACCACCCCUUCGACGACCAGCAGCAUCUCCAGCACUCGCAUAACCAGCACGCCCACGGCCAGAUUCACCAGCAGAGCCCGCCCAGGGCCCGGAAGCUGUCUGAUCUCUCGCCCAGCAAGACCAGACGCGCCCUCCUCACGGCCACGGCCACACCGACAUUGACUACCGCCUCGGCGUCGAGCUACCAGAACAGACAGUCCUCGCUGCAGGACCUCGUCAACAAGUUCAACCAGACGCCGGACGAGGUCGUGCCCAAGCCGUCUGCUGCGUCUAUACACGCCCAUGCGAGGACGAACACGGCCUUCUACAAGGGACACCCUCGUCCUCCUUCAGCUACGGCUACCAGACGGCCCUUGUUCGGUGAAAUUAUACCCAGACAGACAUCCAAGACACCCACGCCCUCUUCAUCGUCAUCAGCCCAUUACAGCAAUCCACACUCGCUCCUCCACCCGGGUUCGGGCCCAAUUUCGAGCAGGGGGAGAGGCAGGAGUGGUUCGGACAGCUGCAUGCAUACGCCCAAACAGAUACACAUCUUGAACAACAACGCCGCGUUUGAACCACAACCGCAUUUUCACCCUCUCCCUACUUCCUCUUCUUCUUCCUCUCACGCAGCAGACAUUGUCGACUCGCCGACUGCAUGGUAUCUGCCUGCCCUCUCGCAUCGACGCUCGCGAAGUGACCUGGGCUCCCCCGUCUCUCCGCAACUGAACAUGCACCCACACCCUAUAUCGACAUCCUUUUCAUCUCGCCAAUCACAGUACCAGUCACAGUCCCAGUCCGGACAACACUCGAGAAUACCCCUUCCCUCCCGUCGAGCAAGCCAGGCCUCGGAUUCAGGCAACUCGUCGCCCUCGACACGCACAAACUCGGCCCUAGAUAGGUACGCUCCGUCGAGCGGCCUCCUACCCCCCAAGGGGGUCAGUUUACUCCCUAAGCCAUCACCGACCUCACCGCGAUUCCGCACUCGUUCCUCUUCAACAAACACUGCCGCAAGCUCGACUACCACCACCGCUGCUGGUUCGCGCCGGCAUAUUCCCCGAGACCAAAAGAGUCCCACCCUACAAGCAUUCAUAACAGCACCCUUGCCGAAGAAAUCCCCUCCUCUGCGCAGCUCGAGGCCUCGACAGCCCGUAUCCAGUGCCACCACGACAGCAUCCCGCGCGAGACUGGUAGAGCGGAUAUCAGGACUUCAGUCAAAGGACGGUGCCGGGUCGUCGUCUCGAGGAUCCGGUUCCGGGUCCAGGUCUUCGUCGAAGAAACCGCCAGAGCUAGGAAACGUAGAUUUUGCAGCUAGGCGGCAGAGGAUCCAGCAGGCCUUCAAUCGGACGGUGGAGGAGAAUGCUAAGAAGGAGGAAAGGGCAGCUGUACGACGUGAGCGUGAGAUCGCUAGGAAGAUGGCUAGACUUCAGCCACAAUCGCACCAAGAACAACCGCUACCGCAACCACAACCGGAAGCACAGGCACUAGAGGAAGGAUUGCCGUCGCCACCGGAGGAACCACAACAACUGCCUUCUACCGUACCUGACUUAGAGGUGGUCCCGGCACCGGUACUGGUAGAAGCAGAGGCCGACGUUGAACCGGCGUCAAUAACGCUCCCGGAACAGACACCGGCGGAAGACGAGGGGCCAGCCGCCAAUAAUGAGCCCGUGAGUGAGUGCGUUGAGCGAGAAUUCGUCAGUGAAGAAAACAAUGAUUCCUUCGUCACGCCCGACGAAGGCCGAUCACCUAUCCUACUACCCAUAGCAUAUAACCCGGAUCAGCAUCAGCAUGAACCGCCAGAGCAUGAACCUGAAGUCAUUGCAGAGCAUACAGAUGUACACAUACCCAACAUGACCUUACACGACUACCGACCAAAAACUCCAGAAUCAGAUAACACUGAUACAAUACCCCAAUCGGCCGUAACGGUGGGGACGGAAAUCACUACAUUCGACCCUGAGCCACAGGAUGGACUGGUCACUCACCGAACCAUGCUGAACCAUAUAAUGCAAAUGCGAGAAUCUAGCCCGAGCGUAUCGAGUACGUCUGACGGCCAUGAUGACCACGACACCGAGCACGAAGAUAGCACCGCUGACGACGGUGAGUCGAUACGUAUCAUGCUCCGACGGUCAAGGUACCUCGACUCGAUAGCGCAUGGGGUCGGGAAUCCACAGCAUCGAUGGAGUAUGAGUUCAUGGAACUCUUCGUUCCAAGAACAUCCGCCAUCUAGAGAUGUUGAGAUCGAGGUGGAGGAUGCCGACUCAAAGCUUCAGGAAGAUAGCUGCGAUAGCUCCCAUUCUUUACACGAAAAUGCAACAACUCCACAACCCAUCUUCCCACCCUCUCCGCCUUGUGAAACCGACGACUCCCAGACAGAUCUAUCGACCAAGCAUGGCAAUGAUGUAGGUGACGGUACUUCUCACAGUCUCGGUGAUGAUGCAGUAAUAGCCUCCCUGGAACGACGAUUCAGCAUGAACAUGGCAAACCACUACACGACUAUCGCCAAGCAAGCGCGCUGGGACUCGAAGCGAGCAACGCAAUUAUACCUACAGGAGCUAGCAAAGGCUGGAUAUGAGAGGCCGCGAGUCCCCAUUUUGACGCCAGGCAGUAGUGAGAGCGAAGGGAAGAGGCUCUCUGCUCAGGAUAGCGAGAGGAGAGGUAUAAGCAGCGAAAGGGAAGGUGAGGUUGAAGCUGAAGCUGAAGAUGGUGUUCUCGUACCUGACUCUGCGACAAUACCUACUGCUGAAUUCCUUCCUGCGCGCGCAAGUCUACAUCUACGAGAUGACUGGGAGACAUCACCUUCUAUUGCAGACUGGAUGCACCUGGCUGCUGGGGAGGAUGAGAUGCUGCAGCAGCAGCAGCAGCAGCAGCUCCACCAGCCAGAGCAUCAGUAUCAACAACAUCAACGUCAAGCGACGGAUGUAACAGAGAUUCUCCAUACAUCUACUUCAGCUUCUACCUCGGACCAAGAAGGUGCAGAGACCCCGAAGAUGCCAGGACCACCGCAGUUCGCGUCCAUAGACAGUACAGUGGAAGGACUUGGACUAGAGAUUCGCGUGCAGUCACCGCAGGAUGGAGACUCGCCUACACUACCAUCGCCAUUCCAUAUGCAUCUUCCCGCGCCAUCACAGCCUCCUCCUCCGCCUCCUCCUACUCUUCCUCCGGCAACUGCACCGACAGAAGAACAGCCAGCUGCCUUCGAAGCGUCUCCAAGCGUCUACACCAAUAGCCCCCCGUCAAGCGUGAUGCCCGCUCUACCUACCUUCCACGAUGCGCCACCUAGCAGUCGAAGUGAGGAUUCUUCGUUGCACAUCACCCCUCCGCAAACCAUCUCCUCCUCAACUUCGCACUCCCAAGAGCAGCCAUCAUCCCUAGCACCAGAGACUACAUCGCUGUUCCACGACAUACUCGACCCCGCUUCACGCAAGUCCCCCACCCCUGAGCAACGGCGGCUCAAGAAACGGCGAAACGUAAUCAAAGAACUGGUAGAUACUGAAUAUACCUUCGGCCAAGACAUGACUGUUGUCGUGGACAUAUACAAGGGUACAUCAAGUUCCUGCCUCGGCCUAUCACCAGAGGACGUCAAAACCCUAUUCGGCAACUCAGAGCAAGUCGUCCAGUUCUCAAUGGACUGGCAAGAUGCUCUCAAACAGGCGGCGAAAAGCAUCUAUGUCCUACCAAAGUCUCAGCGCUGGAGCAGUAAGCGGAGUAGCAAGUGUACCCAGAACAGUGCCGUAUUCAACAGUCCCGCCGACCCACAGCAGGUGGCUGAUGAAGAGAACGAUCGCAAGACCUCUAUUGGUGAAGCAUUCAUGGCUAACAUCGAGAGAAUGGAGGCCGUUUAUUCAGAUUAUCUACGUAAUCACGAUGCAGCAAACAGGACUCUCGAGGCCCUUCUGAAGAACAAAAACGUCAACAUCUGGCUGAAGGAAUGCCGCGAGUGGGCUGCCGACCUUACAUCUGCAUGGAAUCUAGACUCUCUACUAGUGAAGCCCGUCCAGCGCAUUCUAAAAUACCCGCUCCUUUUGACCGAGCUACUUAGCGCAACUCCUGCCGACCAUCCGGACCAUGCUGCGAUAUCAAGCGCCCUUGCCGCUACAACCGCUAUCUCCGUACGAAUAAACGAGAUGAAGAAACGCGCCGAUCUCGUCGGCCAGGUUGUUGGAAAUAGUCGUAAACGCAAAGAAUCCGAUGUUCGCGCCGGCCUAUCCAAGGCCUUUGGUCGACGUACCGAGAAAUUAAAACAACACGUCGGUAUCACGGAAAUGUUCUCGGAUAAAGACUAUGAUUCGCUCAGUCAACGGUUUGGAGAUAACUUCUUCCAGCUGCAGCUUGUCAUGCGUGAUGUGGAAGGGUAUCUAGGUGAGGUGCAGACUUCUAUGGGCAAGUUUAACGAGUUUAUCGUUGCUGUUGAGGGAUAUAUUACGCUCGCGCCGUCGAACUAUCCCGAGCUGGAGAGUAAAUGGUGUCGUUUCCGGUUGGCGGUUAAAGAUGUUAUGGCCGUCGCAUUGGUGGAUCAUGUCGCGCAAGUUCGAAAGAGCGUUGUAACUCCGAUGGUUACACUGUUGAAACUCCACGACGGCCCGCAACGAGUCAUGCAAAAGCGUAACAAGCGGCUAAUGGAUUACGUCAAGUACAAAGCCAUCAAGGACCGAGGGGAUAAGCCAGAUAAGAAAAUCACAGAGCAAGGAGAGCAGUUCGUUGCGCUCAAUAUGGCGUUGAAAGACGAAUUGCCGCGACUCUUAUCCCUUACCGGCAAAUUGAUGGAAGCGUGCUUGAAUGCCUUCGUCCAAACCCAGGCCACAUGGCUCACCCUCGUGCAGAAGAGACUGGGCUAUACCAUCGACAGACUACCUCAGGACAUCAAUCAGAUCAUCAGCGACUGGUCGGGCGACUUCUCCUUCAGCGAAGCCCAAGUACUGUCCCUGGGGGUCUGCAAUGGCUCUAUCCUCGCAGACACAACACUUGUAAACAACUAUAGCUCCCCACCACCUUCUCAUGGAGCCGAUACCACCUCCUCCCGCCGCCCGUCAACAGUCAACAGCGCAACCGGUCGAACAUUCUCCGGUGAAUCAGGCAAUUCCCCCAAAGUCUCACACGACUUUGGCUCACGGAGUCCAGAGCACUCAAUCCAAACUCCUCCAAGCACCGGCUUCAUGCAACAUGGAAAUGGAUCUUAUGUAUUUCAAACAUCUGAUUCCCGCACACGCGCUAACUCUACGUAUUCUGUCGGACCACCGGCAUUAUCCAACGGCCAUAUCCCCUCGAUACCGUCAAUAAUUAAUCCGUCUACCCGCUCCAGCGUCACGGGGCCCAGUGGUACCACCAACGCAUCAUUCCGAAUGUCUGACACCUCGCCGAAACUUCCCCAGCUCGCCCUAGACACGCCUCGCCUCGAGUUCUUCCCAGACCACCUGAUGAGCAGCAGCCGUUUCAACAUCAACGUCAACGGCCUGAGUAACAACACAGCUCCAGAUCCGGCCGACCAUCCUUCCUCCCCCUCAGCGCCGCGAUACUCAGGCUUCUUCUCUUCAGCUAUGCCAAUGCCCGAAACCCCCGAACCUUCUCGCUUCGUAGCACCAGAAAGCCACAACAGCGUUGGCAGCAGCAGCAUCAACCCCAGUACCAUUGCCAGCACAAGUGCGCAUACCAGCUUCAGCUCAGCGCCCAAGGAACCCUCCAUCCUCUUCCUGGCCGCUAGUAUGUUCGAGUUCAAUAUCGACCGCGCCCGCCGCGAGGCAGGGUAUCCGUACCUAACCUAUGUGGCUGGCGAGAUAUUCGAUGUCAUCGGCGAAAAAGGAGACCUUUGGCUUGCUCGAAACCAAGACGAUCCAACGCAUCAGGUCGGUUGGAUUUGGACGAAGCAUUUCGCCAAGCUAGCCGGCUAA